AUGUUUUGUAGCUUUUAUAUUAUUAUAAUUGAAAAGGCUAAUAGUCAUUUUUAUAAUUAUAAACCAGAAAUUGUUUACGAAACAAGUACAGAAUCAACUGAUGACAAGAUCUAUAAUUCUAUAUUUUUUUCAAAAGAACGUUUAGCUUAUUAUAAUGAAAUCAAUAUAUAUCAAAAAUUAUCAGUCGAAAAUUGUAGGAUAAAAAAUAUAAUAAGAAAAAACUUUCAACAUCGAUAA